GCUGAUGUGCCAAACGGUGCACCUGGGGGGAGGCGAAGGAAUCCCCUCCCUCUGGGUGGCUGCUGCCUUUUCCCAGCUGGCCCAGCAUCCUCCCAGCCUUUCCCAGGAGGCCGCAGGGCAGGAGUGGCUUUGCAAGCAGAGGGUACAGGUGUGUGCACGCGCACGCAACUGAGGAGCAAUGUUUGGACUUGGGGCAAGCCCCCACUUCCCAGAGGCCGGAUCCUGGUGGCAUGACCCUCCUCUGCCUUUGGGCAUGGCAGAUUCUCCCUGGAACGUAGCUGACCUAUCGGCAUGGCAGAAGCAUCUGGGGGACCAGAGGGAGCCGAGUCCUCUGGAGGGAGAGCCCGAGGAGGACCUUCGGCAUGUGGAUGAUCCUGAGCUGGAGGCCAUCAAGGCGAAGGUCCGAGAGAUGGAGAAAGAAGACGAGUGGCUGCAGGAACUGCAGGCAGAAGCGAGGAACCUCCUCCUGAGAUCAGACCCCGGAAGGAUCCCCGGUCUCCCUUUACCGGGCACAACUGAGGAAAAGCUGGAAGCUGACCAGCGCUCCAUCUACGUGGGGAAUGUGGAUUAUGGUGGCACGGCCGAAGAGCUAGAAUCCCACUUCAAUGGCUGUGGGCAGAUCCAUCGAGUGACCAUCCUUUGCGAUAAGUUCUCUGGCCAUCCCAAAGGGUACGCCUACAUUGAGUUUGCCGACAGGAGCUCCGUGAAGGCAGCCAUGGGGCUGGAUGAGACCAGGUUCAGAGGGCGCAUCAUCAAGGUGUUGCCAAAGAGGACCAACAUGCCUGGCAUCAGCUCCACCGACCGCGGCGGUCCCCGGGGUCACUUCCACGGUCAAGGCGCUCAGCCCCGCCGUGCUGGCUUUCGUGGGGGGCCACCUGCCAGGCCCCGUGGGAGGGUUUACAGGGGUCACGGCAGGCUGUCUCCCUGGUAUACGCCCUACUAGGCAGUAGAACAAGCCGACCCAAGAAACGAUCCAGGCCUGAAUGAGGAAGAGAAGACUAAAAUCCAAACCCACCCAAUGAGAAGUUGGUUCACCUUCACUGCCCCUUACAAAAUAUUCCUGCUUGCAAAUGUUGAACGGUUAGGCCGCUCCUGGAGGGAGAGAGAGAGAGCCUCUCGGCUCCAGCUUGUUUCCAGGGGAGGGCCACGGACAGCGUGCAUUGACCCCAGAAUCUGGCUGGACUGGUUUAAGGCUGCCAAACUGACUCUUCUGAGCUGUGUUUUGGAGCUGUUCUUAAAUCACUGGAGGAACAUCAGAACCCUUCUGGCCCCUGGCUUUCCUGUCGCUCUCCACAGCCCACCCGGUGAAGCCUUCUGUACCACACGGUGGACUCCAGCGGUUGAUCAUUGUAGCUCAACCAAUCCAGGAUUUGGUUCUGCCUGUGGCUUGGAGGAAGCAGCCAAGGCAGGUGCUGGCGGAAGUGUUUCGGCGCGUCAACAUUUAAACCUGCACAUGGAUUUACCUCCUUCAGAUGAUGCCUGAUCCGGCUUUUAAACAGGGAGACAAACAAGGGCCUGCUGCAAACAUAUUUUUUUUUGCUCCCAAACAUUUCUUUUCACUCCUCCCCAUCCUUGCCCCAUUGAGAUAAAAGUCUACAUGUCACAAAUUAGAAACCUGGUUGCGGGCCAGUGCCUCUGCUUCCUCUUAAAGAAACACGAUUGCUAAUUAAUGCCAGUUGAAGUGUGUCAUGCCGAGGUGCCUCUCAGCCCUUCGCCCACCCUUGGGCGCUUUGGGCAUCGCCUCCAGUCCCUAAUGAUUUCAUCUUGUGAUGCAGAAUUACUUCUUUUGUUAUGUGAGAUGGUAAAUGAAGGCCAUGUUUGCUAAAAAAUUCAGGUAACACUAGGCAGAGGUUGUACCUCUGUGCCUACUUCCUUGUAACCUUGACGUCUCUAACCGAAGCCUUUUAAAAUCCCAUUCCCUCCCUGACUUGGGAAAGGGCCAUGCAGGCCAGAUAGCUAGAGAGAUUUCCUAGGUGGUGAUAAGCCAGCUGAGAAGAAACUGGAAAGAAAACCAUCAAGGAGGAAUAGUUCGCUCUGUUUUCUCCUGGCAGGUUUUGCUUUCUUUCCUCCCAUCCCCCUUCCGUCCUCUUUUUAAACUAACUUUAAAGAAAGUAGUUCAUGUCAACAAAUGUGACCACGUUUUUAUCAUGGUGCUUAUUGGCUACAUCUCUGAUCACAGUAUGUGGUUCCCCACCACCACCACCACCA